AGAGAAUCUUCCUGAGGCAGCACGCCAGCCCCUUUCUGAGACCAGGGCCGGGCUUCCCCCUCGUGGUCCAGGUCGACUGUGGGAUCCCGUCCCUCCGCCCCCGGGCAGGCAGGGGGCGGGGGCGCCCCGCAGCUCCGCACUUCCCAGAAGAGGAGAGAAGCGGCGCCCGCGGCAGGCAGCCCCAAACCGCCCGCCCUGCCAGCCGCUGCCAUGUCCCGGGCCGCGCUGCCCGCGCUCCUGCUGCCUCUGCUGGGCCUCGGCACCGCCACCGUCGCGGACUGUCCUUCCACCUGGAUUCAGUUUCAAAACAGCUGUUACAUUUUUCUUGAAGAAGCCAUCAAAGUAGAAAGCAUAGAAGAUGUCAGAAAUCAGUGUACUGGCCAUGGAGCGGACCUGAUAAGCAUACAUACUGAAGAAGAAAAUGCUUUUAUACUCAACACUUUAAGAACACAAUGGAAAGGCCCAGAGGAUGUCCUCCUAGGCAUGUUUUAUGACACAGACGAUGCAAGUUUCAAAUGGUUUGACAACUCAAAUAUGACAUUUGAUAAGUGGGAGGAGCAGGAAGAUGGUGAGGAUCUUAUUGACACCUGUGGUUUUCUGUACACUAAGACUGGUGAAUGGAAAAAAGGAAAUUGUGAAAUUUCUUCUGUGGAAGGCACACUUUGUAAAGCAGCAAUCCCAUAUGACAAGAAGUACUUAGCAGAUAACCAUAUUUUAAUAUCAGCUUUGGUGAUUGCUAGCACAGUAACUCUGGCAGUUUUGGGAGCGAUCCUUUGGUUCUUCUACAAAGGAAACUCUGGCUCUGGUUUCACUGCAGGUUUUUCAAUGGCACCCCAAUCACCUUAUAACGAUGAUUGUGUCUUGGUAGUUGCUGAAGAAAAUUGUGUUCAAUUCGACUAAACUUCUCAUACUCCCAGACCCAUACAUCAAAUACUAAUUCCUGUGCAAUAUUUGAAUAUAAAAAUGACAGAAAAUAA